ACCACCAAUGGACAGGAGCCCCCCUGAUGGCCCGGGCCCCGUGCACGUGCCUUUGGGGCACAUUGUGGCCAGUGAGAAGUGGCGCGGGUCGCAGCUGGCGCAGGAGAUGCAAGGGAAAAUUAAGCUCAUUUUUGAGGAUGGCCUGACACCAGAUUUUUACCUGUCGAAUAGAUCCUGCAUUCUUUAUGUCACCGAAGCUGAUUUGGUGGCAGGAAAUGGCUACAGAAAGAGACUUGUUCGGGUUAGAAAUUCCGGUCAUCUUCAAGGCAUUGUAGUAGUUGAAAAAACCCAGAUGAGUGAACAAUACUUCCCAGCCUUACAGAAGUUUACUGUGCUCGACCUUGGAAUGGUGUUACUGCCAGUGGCCAACCAGAUGGAAGCAUCUGGCCUCAUUGUCCAGUUGGUUCAGGAGCAAACCAGAGAGCCCAGCAAGAACCCUUUUCUCAGGAAGAAACGGGCUCUGCUGUCUGAGCCAUCCCUCCUGCGAACUGUGCAGCAGAUCCCAGGGGUUGGGAAAGUUAAAGCCCCGCUUCUGCUUCAGAAGUUUCCAAGUAUCCAGCAACUGAGUAAUGCUUCCGUCCAGGAACUUGAACCGGUGGUUGGACACGCGGCCGCACAGCAAAUCCACGCCUUCUUCACACAGUCCACUUGACCAGUGGCCUCUAGACCACAAACAACAGGAUCUUGUUUUCAUAGUCUAGAACUAAGAAAAACAGACUUCUCACAGCAACUAGAAGACGAGGUGUGGCCUGAACGGAGCCCGCAGGUGGUCCUGCCUUGCUGUCCGCAUUGCAGGUGGUGGGCGCUGACCUCCCUCUGCUGAGAUGAAAAGGGCCGAUGGGCAUCUUCCUUAGAGUCAGGGACUCUCGUUCUCAGCAGAAAGUCAGUUUUAGAGCCGUAUUCUAAUGUGUGACCUUGAUCUGUUGUCUAUCACAGAAAAGUCUUCUAAAAAGGUUCAGAAGGGGGAUGUGACCAUCUAAAGGAAACAGACAUACAAUGAAGCACUGUGUAUCAUACGCCCCUGGUUCCUGGUGUCAGAGCUGCUGCUCAAGCCUGGCCUUCAUAUGUUAAAACCUGUGCUUUGAGGGCUGCUGCCGGCGUAAAUAAACAACUGCACGACAGUUCCUUCCUUCAUUCUUCCUUUCCUCCCAUUUUCUUUUUUUUGGU